AUGAACGGCGUAACGGAUACCAACGGCAAAGCGCCACUCCACGACAACAUGAACGGUGCUGACAGGCGACACGAGGGGCCACUCGUCAAAGUCGAGCCACCGCGCCGCGAGGAUCUCCAGCCAUCGUACGCACAGGUCAUAAAGCCAGACACCGAGGACGAGUCUCAGCAUGGCUGGUAUGGCUCCAUGAUAGACACACUUGGCCGAAUCAUCGGCACAUGUGGUGCUGUACCUUGCUGCAUCAUCUGUCCCAACCCUUACAAGCCUGUCGCACAAGGAAACGUCGGCCUAGUGACCAAAUUCGGCCGAUUCGCUCGUGCCGUCGACCCAGGUCUCGUGAAGGUCAACCCAUUGUCCGAGAACCUUCUCCAAGUCGACGUCAAGAUCCAGAUCGUCGAGGUCCCAAAGCAGGUCUGUAUGACCAAGGACAACGUCAACCUGACCUUGACUUCCGUCAUCUACUAUCACAUCAUCUCCCCCCACAAGGCGGCCUUCGGCAUCUCCAACAUCCGCAUGGCUCUCAUCGAGCGCACGCAGACCACUCUCCGCCACGUCAUCGGUGCCCGCGUCCUUCAAGACGUGAUUGAACGCCGUGAGGAAAUUGCUCAAUCUAUUCGGGAAAUUAUCGACGAAACAGCCACUGGUUGGGGUGUCUCGGUCGAGAGCAUGUUGGUCAAGGACAUCAUCUUCAGCCAAGAGCUCCAGGACUCGCUCUCCAUGGCUGCGCAGAGCAAGCGUACCGGUGAAGCAAAGGUUAUCAGUGCUCGCGCCGAAGUCGAGAGCGCCAAGUUGAUGAGGCAGGCCGCCGACAUCUUGUCCAGUGCACCUGCUAUGCAGAUCAGGUACUUGGAGGCUAUGCAAGCCAUGGCCCGAACUGCCAACAGCAAGGUUAUCUUCUUGCCAGCACAAAACCAGACAGUGCAAUCUCAGCUCGCCAUGGCCGAGCAGCACGGCGAAGGACCGUCCAGCUACCACGACAUGGGCAUGGCUAGCACCCAGAAUACCGGCAACAACGGCAUGGGCGAGUACGGUGACGGCACUCACGGCUUCCAGAGCGCCGUGAACGCACGUGUCGUGGAGAACAUGUGA